AUGAAACUCCUCAUCGUUAUUCUUCUACUCGCUGUCAUUUCUCUAGCUUCUGCUGAAUCGGAGCCAGUGGAGCACAUUCUUCAAGGAGAGAACCUACAGUACCCACUAUACAAUGAGAAAGCGAUUGGAUUCAAGAGACAGAUUGUUGAGGGAAGCAUGGAAUCACAGUUCUAUUAUUUGUGUGAGAAGACCAAGGGAGAGAAGAAGAAGAAUUGUGGAUCAUGGGUUGAUGAGAAAGGCAACAAAAUCGCAUCUGCAACUCUGAAAGUGACAUUCAAGGGAAUCGAGGCAACCUUCAUCAAACUCUCGACAAAGGACCAAGGAAGAUACUACGUCAUUUCGGAGAAGCCAAAGGAAGAGCUCGGGUAUUUGAGAGUCAAUGUCUUGACUCCAGCUCCACUACCAAAGCAAUGA